AAUCUCAAAUCGAUGUCCGAUAUUGUGUCGGCUGGUCGCCUCAUUAUUGUAUUACCGUCGCUCUAUUAAUAGACCAAUAAUAAUAUAAUAGAAUACACAUAAUUGGCAUCGACUGUCGAUUGUCGUCGGGCAAGUAUUCGCGUUUUUAAAUUGAAUAUUAGUUUUUAAUAAUAAUUGUAUUAUUGAACACCAGUCGGCCGUUACUGUCGUCGUCGCCGGGAUUGUUGUGGGUACGCCGUUCUCCCAUAGGCCGACGUUAUUAUAAUUUUAUAAUUUUCGAUGGUUAUAAUGUUAUAAUAUUAUCUGUUGCCGUUUGGAAAACACCGGAAUCCGGUUGAAAUAUAGAUAGAACCGUUUUCGGGUAUCCCGCCGUCAAUGUGUUGCUCCGCAUGAUCACUUAUCGACCUUUUACCGUUUAAAUUAUGGUAGUUCGUGUAUGAAAACGAAAUUUUUCAUUUCAAUUCCCAGCCUGCCAUUCGAAUUUCUUUAUCGCAUUAGUUCCUAUAACACCGGCGUUCGUCAUUUAACAAUUUACCACGAAAAAGUUGCCAACCGAUCAGUUUUUUUUUUAUCAACCUUAUCAUAUUCAUCUGAUCGUCAUCAACUGAAGGGGCUCGACGGACGUGCAAGAGGCAAUAAAAAGUAGUCAUUUGAUCCACAAUGAGCGAUGAUGGCGAUACAACUCCAAGUCUUUCACAAAACGGUGGAGCUCAGUAUAAUCUAAGCCGCAAAGAGGCAUUUUUGGCUAGUACUACAACUACUAGUAUGGUAAUUGAAAGCAACGUUGAAACAACACCAUCGAGUACAAUGAGUUUUGAAUCUUCGACAAACCAAAUAGAAAUGUAUGGGCCUGACCAAGUGCUGCCCGCUACAGAGCUAUAUACAAGCAUUCCAAAUGGAAGAGUGAAAUUAAGAAUUGAAAAAGGUUCUGAUUCAACUCCCAUAUCCGUUCCUGGUCUUUUAAGUAAUGCAGUAGAAAAAUAUGGCGACAAGCCUGCAUUGAAUUACAAAGCUGAUAAUAAAUGGAUUAGUGUUACAUACAAAGAAUAUGAACAAAACGUACGAACUGUGGCCAAAGCUUUCCUCAAGUUAGGUUUGGAAAGGUACCAUGCCGUAUGCAUAAUUGGGUUUAACUCUCCAGAAUGGUUUUAUUCAGAUUUGGGAGCUAUUUACGCUGGUGGUUUUGCUGCUGGUAUGUACACUACAAAUCUUGCUGACGCUUGUCAUCACUGUUUAUCGACGAGCAGAGCAAAUAUAGCUGUUGUAGAAGAUGGAAAACAGUUGGACAAAAUACUUUCAGUCAAAGACCGCUUACCUCAUUUAAAGGCCAUUAUUCAAUAUGAGGGCAAACCAACAGUCGAAGGGGUUUUAUCUUGGGAAGAUGUUAUGAGAAUAGGUGCAGCCGAAACCGAUGACAAUCUAAAUCAAGUAUUGAAAUCUAUGGGAGUCAACGAAUGUUGCACAUUAGUUUUUACGUCUGGAACCGAAGGCCCAUCAAAGGCGGUUAUGGUCAGCCACGACAAUUUACUCUACAACGCCUAUUUGAUAACAAACUUCCUAUCUCUGGAACAAUGUAAAGAAGUUCUCGUGUCUUACUUGCCAUUGAGUCAUGUAGCUGCGCAAAUAACGGAUAUAUAUUGUGCUAUCACGGUGGGAGGUCAAGUGUAUUUUGCCGAAAAAGAUGCGCUUAAGGGUACUUUAGUGACUACACUUCAAGUGGCAAGGCCUACAGUUUUCUUAGGCGUUCCGCGUGUCUGGGAGAAAAUCAACGAAAAGUUGGUCAGUAUUGGCAGAAAAUCCGGUUCCCUCAAGAAAUACAUUGCAGAUUGGGCGAAACAAGUUGGUUUACAUCACUACGAAGAAGCGAUGAGAGGGAAUGAAAAGGAAACGUAUUCAUACAAAUUCUUCAGAUGGUUAAUAUACGGUCGUAUCAAGCAAGCCAUUGGUUUUGAUAGAUGUAAAUGCUUUAUCUCUGCCGCUGCUCCAAUAUCCGUUGAAAUUAAAAAAUAUUUCAUGAGUCUGGAUAUACCGUUAUGUGAAGCAUUUGGAAUGUCUGAAUGUAGUGGCGCACAUACGCUGAGUAUUCCCACUGAUGAAAAUGUAGCUGGAGUAGGUAAAACGUUAGAUGGCGCUAAAACAAGGAUAGACAAACCCGAUAAAGAUGGCAAUGGCGAGUUAUGUCUGUAUGGACGCCACAUAUUUAUGGGCUAUUUGGAUUUACUCGAUAAAACAAAGAGUUCAUUGGACGAGGAAGGUUGGCUUCACUCGGGAGAUAUUGCACAAAUCGAUGACAAAGGGCACGUUGUCAUCACCGGAAGAAUAAAGGAAUUGUUAAUCACAGCUGGGGGAGAGAACAUACCACCUGUACUAAUUGAAAACAACGUUAAAGCAGAGUUGCCUAUAGUUAGCAACGCUUUAUUAAUAGGAGACAAGAGGAAAUUUUUGUCCAUUCUAUUGUCGUUAAAAUGUGAAGUUAAUCCUGAGACUACAGAACCUUUGGAUGAUUUGACACCCGAAGUUAUUUCGUGGUUGAAAUCUCAAAAUUGCGAUUAUACCAAAGUUUCCGAAAUUAUAGCCAACAAACCCAAAGAAGUAAUGGAAGCCAUUCAAAAAGGUAUUGACAAGGCAAACAAAAAGGCAGUGUCCAAUGCUCAAAAGGUCCAGAAAUUCGCGUUCAUGCCAGCCGACUUCUCCACACAUACCGGAGAAUUGGGUCCGACAUUGAAAGUUAAACGUCCAGUUGUGUACGAAAAAUACCAAGACCUAAUUGAGGAGUUCUACAAGAACACAUAAGCCGUUUAACAACAGCAGACAACUUUUUAUUAUUAUUACGUGCGUCCUUUUGUUGGUUCCACGAAUAAAAGUAUUUACAUAGCUCUAAAUAAAAUGCUCACAGGGUGUUAAGGUUAUCCUCUUUAAUUAUACCAUUGUACUACCACGGCUACGAAUGUGUUAUUUUGUUUGAAUCGUGUAGGUUUCUUUUUGCUAGAAACUUUUGUUGUACUUAAAUUGUAUGAAUUUUAGUGUUUUUCAUUACUUCAUUUAUUACCUUUUUGUUACCUUGUGAUUUGAAUUUGUACUGGUGUGUGUACAUAAAUUUAAGUUUUCUUCUCUAGGUAACCCCUAUGUCUUUUAUUUUAAUUUUAUAGUCAAGGUUUUAUUACUCUAUUAGAAAUAUUUUUAUUGUGAUAUUUUUUUUUCAAAUAAUUCGAAUUUUUACGAUAUAUAUAUA